AACUGUCAAAGCUGUUGUGUGAUUCGUGAUUCGUGCGCGAACUUCAAACAUUCACCGCCUGAUUUUGCACAUUAGAAUAAUCAAUUUUUCCUUCAAAAUAAUGUAGUUUAAUCGUGUGUUUCGUUCAAAUCUAUUAUCUUGUUUUAUUAGUUAGUGUUCUGUUUCGAAAAAUAGAAAUAAAUAUUGUGUUGUGCGCCGUCAAAGUGAAGAAAAAUGGCAUCCAAGCGAUACGGAAACUUCCAGCUGAAACAACCGUCGUCGUCGGCAUACAAGAAAGCCCGACUGGACAUCGACAUCAUUUCCAGCCAGCAGUACAUCCAACAGCAGCAGGAACAACAACGGACGGUGAAAACGACAACCACGGCGGCGAUAGCCAAAUCGUCUUCCUCCAAGUCGGAAUCGCUGUGGGGCGAAGAGGAUGACGAGUUCAUCAUAUUGGCUUCCCAGGCCGUGGAAGAGGUGGAAAUGUUCCAGCAAACGCAGCUGCAGCAAAGUCAAGCCCCAGGUGGGGAUAUUACGUUCGGGACGUUCCUUCGGGAAGAGCUUGCCUCCAGCACACAAGCCGUUUUGAAUGAGGUGGGAGGGCCGAGUUCUAGUGAGCUGAUGCCUCCGCCGUCAGCGGCACUUCCAGGGCCAUCGAGAGGCAAUUCGGUUCCCAUUAGCGUGAUCGAUUUGCUAACGGAUGGAGACGACGACGUGUUCAGCGAACAGUUUGACGAGAACUACGAUAACAUAGAGAAACACAUCGAUGAGUUCUUCAACAAUGAAUUCGAUGAUGAUUUUAAUCUGAAUGAGUUCCAACGAGAUGGAGGUCCUAAAACAUCACAGGAACGUUCCCCUUCGAAGCCGGUCAAGGUCAACGGGGACAUUAGGUCGGGAUCGAUGAUGUUCAAGCCGAAGCAACCGGUGUCCACAAUGGUGAGCAAGGGGCCUACUCAACAUCAACCAACACAAGCCGGAAGGGAGGCACUUGCCAAUGCCGCCAAGAAGAAGGAUCACGAAAAGGACAUGCAAGUCAGAUACCUCACCGGACAGUUGGAAAGGGCGAGCAAGGAAAGGGAACAGUUGAAGAAGGAUUACAACGCAGUCACGGACAGGCUACAGAUCCGUGAUGGAGAAGUUUCCAUAUUGCGGUACGAAAUGGAGAACAUCAAAAACCAAAACGAACAACUGAGGAUGGAGAAGAUGAAGGAAAAAGAAACCAUCAAGAAGGAAUGGGUGGAGAAAAUGAAAGACUUGGAAAAGGUGAUUGUUGCACAAAAGUCGGAACUGGAUUUCAAGAACAUGGAGAUGAUGAAUCUGAAAACGAAGCGAAUGAGUAGUUCGUUUAGACUAGACAAAGAAGCACCCAAAGAGAAACCAGUAACUACGAAAGAUUUCCAAAUUCACAAACGCCGAGUACGGCUCUUUCAGCAACCUUUCUCAGAAAAUCCCCAAAUCGAUUCCAAGAUGUUCGAUUUGUCAACGGAAAGCAUUUCCAAGUUCAACGCCACCAACCGGUUGGCAAACUUCUCCAAGGAGGAUGCCGUUCUCUCGGAGCACCUGGGCCGUCUUCAGUCGUACCUGGCGCAGAUGAUCUACCUCAAGUGUGCCCUCCCGGAGGAAUCCAUCCCUUCGAUAGCCCUGGUUGCCUGUCAAGGUUCCGAAGAUAUCGGGAAGUAUUGCAACCGACUGGCUUUGGUGCGCGUUAAGGAUUCCCACCUGAGCGCCAAGGUGGCGUACGAUUUCCUGUGCAAGAACAGCAAACGAAACCGUCUGGAAGCGGCGGUGAACAUCUAUCAGAAGCAGCCAAUAUUUCUACACGAGAAAGCGAUCGUGCAGCGGAGGUUUUUGGCUGCUCUGGGAUUGCUCUGCCGGUAUAUUCCGGCGUUAGCUGUGAGGUUAGUGCGGCGGUGGAAAGGGUCGGGGAACUGCGUCCAGGUGAUCAGCAGGGCGCUCGGAAAAAUCAGUUACGCGAGCGAUCUGUAUGGCCAUUUGGGACUUAUUGCCGCUGCCGGAACGGUUCUAAGCGGACUCAGCUGCCAUGUGAUACAGUACAAGCAAGAUGGUCGGGAGUUGAUGGAGCUCUUCAAGUCGAUUGUGUUCUGCAGACCGGAUAGUCCGUUAAUCCUAAGUCACCUAUCCGAGGCGCUUUUUCGAAUAACGAGCUCCACCGGUACGAUAGAUCUUGUGAACCGUCUCUGUAGGCAGAGCAAAGCAUCGGACUUUGCUGCGAACGAUGCCUACAAGAUGAUUCAGUUUACUAAAGAUUCCUGCACGUUACAAAUCUACGCCGCCCUGUUGGAGACUUCAGUUCCCCAGAAUCGAACGCUCACCCCUAUCGAAAUACGCCGUCUGGUGGCGAACACCCGCAACACGAUCUACUUCCUGCGAAAUUCGCUGGCCCGUCCGGUGCGAUGGAUUCACCAGUUCGUACGCCGACCGGAAGGAUCGGUCCUAUCGCUGUGCCAAUGCCACAUCCGGAUCACCAACGCGUUCGUCGUAAUGUUCCACCAGGUUCUGCGGUGUUGGAUGCAGUGCCCCCUGAAUGUCGACUACGAUACCAUGCUGCAGAUCACCCAGAACGGCGUGCUGCUGCUGUUCGACCUGUUCGAAACCGUGUACCGAGGGGAGGUCCUGCAGGUGGGGCGACACGUCAUCCAGUGCCGCCUGCAAGCCACCUACAACUGGUUGUUGCAACAUCAGAGCGAUUUCCGGUUCCAGCCUACGCACAGAAGCGCUCUUCAACUGCUAGACUUACGGCUAGUGAUGGAAGAGCCGUUGAAGUCGAGUGAAGACCCGAGGCGGAUGGAAGUGGACGAGGCGGACUCCGACAGUGCCGAGUUGGAACGACGUGAUAUGUACGAUGAACUGUAUGAGGACUUUUUCAGUAGUAAAUUGUUACAACAGUGACAGGGAAGCGAG